AUGACAACGAUCCAACCAUUUGAACCUGUCGACUUGUUCAAAACUAAUAAUGUCAACCUUGACAUUUUAACAGAAAAUUUCCCACUAGAAUUUUAUUUUGAAUAUAUGAUACUAUGGCCUGACCUUUUUUUCAAAAGCCUGGAGGUGACGGUUGAUGCUGGCCUCAGACAUAACAUUUCUGGUUACAUGAUGGCGAAAACGGAAGGUAAAACCGCGGAGUGGCACACUCAUAUAACCGCCGUGACGGUAGCUCCAAGAUUCCGUCGAAUAUCACUGGCUUCGAAGUUGUGUAAUACUCUAGAGACCAUGACGGAUGUCAUGCCUCAUGAAGUCAACUUUAUCGAUCUUUUUGUCAAGUGCAAUAACCAGUUGGCCAUAAUGCUUUACGAAAAACUUGGAUAUAGUGUCUAUCGGAGAGUUGUGGGGUAUUAUAACUCAAGCGAAGAUGGGUAUCCAGACACACUUAAGAAAGUAGACGAUAAUAAAGACGCAUUUGAUAUGAGAAAGGCUAUGGCUAGGGACAAGGGCAGAAGCGUGCGGUCAGAUGGAAGAAAUCAUAAAUGCUAUCCGCAUGAUGUAAGGUUUUAG